AUGGCGAUGACACGUAUUCUACUUUCUUUCAUGCUCAGCCUUUCCACCAUCAAAGCUGCUGAAUCGAUCCUCACCAUGAGCAGCCAUUACUGCUCAGACUCAACCACUUUCACUCCCAAUAGCACCUACCACGCCAACCUCAAUCAUGUUCUCGAUGAUCUCGUCAAUGAUACCAACGCUGAUAAAGGGUUCUUAUUCACUUCCAGUGGAACGAGCUCGAGUGAGGCCGUCUAUGGCAGCUUUAUGUGCAAAGGCGAUGUCUCUAAGAAAGAGUGCAUGGAAUGCGUCAAGAAUGCGAGGCUUGAGAUAACUCUCGUAUGCCGGAUGACCAAAGUCUCCAUCUUGUGGUACAGUAAAUGCAUGUUGCGCUACUCCGACACAAAUUUCACCGGGAUUGUGGAGACGAAACCUCGGUUGUCUGGAUACAAUGAAGAGAACAUAGAAAAGCCAGAUCAAUUCAUGAUGCUACUGAAAGUGACGAUGGAUGCGGCAAUAGAGGCCGCUCAGCAUCCUCCCAGGAUGUAUGGCCAUCGGGAAGCCAAGUUUACUCAGCGGAAAAAGUUGUACACGUUCGCACAGUGCGUGCCUUAUCUUUCCAAGAACUACUGUUCGCAGUGCCUUCUCAACGCCACAUCACGCCUCUUAAGCCUCCCAAAGGGGAAAAUCGGGGGCCAGGUGUUGCUUCCGAGUUGCUUUGUCAGGUUCGAGAUAUACCCGUUUCACCACAGGAGAAGCUCAAAAGCUUUGUAA